AUGGUGCACAUCGAGCCAAAGUACCAAGUCCCGCGGGACUUUGAGGGUUAUGGCGAGGAAGGGUUCGACGCCAAAUGGCCCAAUGGGGCCCGCAUUGCGGUAUCUUUUGUGCUGAAUUACGAGGAGGGUGGUGAGAGGUGCGUUCUGGAUGGCGACAAUAUAUCAGAGCCAUACCUGUGGGAGAAAGGCGCAUCGGGUGGACACCGUGAGAAUGCACGGUACCUUAACGCUGAGCAUGACUUCGAGUAUGGGAGUCGAGUGGCCUCGUGGCGAUUGAUGCGCCUAUUCAAGGAAUUUGGCUGGAACUUCACGACUUAUGCGGUCGCGAUGGCCUUGAAGAAGAACCCUACCUUUGCUAAAGCCUUAGUGCGCGAUGGCCACGAGAUAGCUACGCAUGGUCUACGAUGGAGAGAUACCUGGGACUACAGUCUCGAAGAGGACAAGGAGUACGUGAAGCAGAGUUUGCUGCUGCUGAAGGAGGUCAGUGGUGAGAUGCCCGUCGGCGCCUACUUUGGCCGCGGAACACCGCAGACCCAUCAUCUAUUCCCCGAAGUGUGGAAGGAGUUGGGCGCUGAGUUUCUCUGGUCCUCGGAGUGCUACAAUGACGAUGUGCCUUACUGGCUGGACUUGCCCUGGGAGAGCCACCGGCCGGUGAAAGAAAGGGAGGGCAUGCUCCUAAUCCCUUAUAACUACGACUGUAAUGAUGGCAAAUUCCAUAUGUCCCCGGGAUUUGGCUCCAGUGUGGGCGAGAGUUACGAGAACUAUCUCAAGAACACCUUCGAUAUGUUGUACCGCGAAGGCGGCAAGAUGAUGAACAUUCCUUUGCACACGCGUAUUAUCGGUAAACCUGGUCGAUGCGAAGCACUCCGCAACUUUAUGAAAUACGUUGCCGACAAGCCAGAUGUCUGGGUGACGACAAGGAGGGACAUCGCUAAGCAUUUCCGGACUACAUUUCCUUACCAGCCAGAGAGAAAGUGGGUGGAGGAGGCUAGGAAGCAGGAAUAG